GUAUCCACCAGCAUGAAGCUCCCCCUCGCCGUGCUGCUCCUCCUGACGAGUCAUCUGGAGACGGAUUUUACGGAGGCGAUGCAGGUGACCUCCACGGGCCCGCAGACCAUCCAGCAGCCCCAGGGGGACAAGGUGACUUUGGGCUGCACCUACACGCCGGGCCCCUCGGACACGGGGGAACUCGACAUCGAAUGGUCCAACCUCAGCCCAGACAUGACCCAGAAGGACCAGCUGAUCUUAUCGUACACAGGGGGCCAGACGCUCCACUACGGCGACCCCAGUCUCUCCAAAAGAGUGGCCUUCACGGGGGACCCCAAGCUGGGAGACGCCUCCAUCACCAUCUCCGACGUGAGGGCCUCGGACACGGCCACCUACCAGUGUAAAGUCAAAAAGGCGCCGGGCGUUGACAUGAGGAAAGUCACUCUGGUAGUGAUGGGUACGAAUUCUUAACCUGCGCCCGGUCGGUGCCCAAAUGCUGGGUUGAAGGCGGCGAGGAGAAGGGGGAGCACGGUCUCCCUCCGCUGCAAAUCCUUCCAGGGGUCCACUCCUUUGAGCUACGUGUGGAGGAGGGAGAGCGGAGGCGCCAUCCCGCCCACUGCGACUCAAGACCCGCAGACCGGGGAGCUCUCGAUAAGGAAUCAUUCGGAGAGCUAUAUUGGGAAUUAUGUCUGCGAAGCGAGGAAUGCUGUUGGCAAAGAGCGGUGUAAAUACACACUGUAUGCAUACAACCCCACCAGCAAAGCGGGUGUCAUAGUGGGGGCGGUAAUGGGCGCUCUGCUGCUGCUACUCCUCCUCCUGCUUCUCGUCUGGCUCCUGAUUUGCUGCUGCCACAAGCGACGCUACGAGAAGGAGGUGGCCAACGAGAUCAGGGAGGACGUCCCGGCCCCGGAGAGCCGGCCUACGAGCAGGAGCUCGAGCUUCCGCUCGGUGUUGAGGUACCAACCACACUCCAGCAUAGCCUACAGCUUGGCGAGGAAAGGCCAGCUCCAUCGGACGGAGUCCGGCCAAAGCGGCCUCCGCAACGGCAACAGUGGCACACGGCAGCCGAGCUCUAGCGGUCAAAGUCCUCCACCGCUCAAAUAUGACAGUAGAUACGGGUACCCCGUAUAACGGCAGAGAUGUGGGGGUUCCCAAAUGCAGACCCACCUUCACUUGAUAGACAUUUUACCUUCAGUAUGGAACUAUAUCUCGUUAGAAUAUUGACACAACUGGUGCAGUCCCAGAUAGCAUCCGGAUGUGGGCCACCUCAGGCAAUGAUGCGGCACUGAAUGGCCUUCUUCUGGCCCUGACAACAUGGAUGUGAGCCUGAAGUGGCCCACGUGUAUCAUAGCAAAUAUGGCCCAAAUAUGCCAAAUCAGAUGUGGGCCUUUUUUGGCAAAGAUGCGGUGCUCUGGGCAACAUGUCAUCUGGAUGUGACCCUGAAGUGGCCCAUGUAGUAAAUGGUGAAUAUGGCCCAAAUAAAUAUGGGCCACCUUUGGCA